AUGGUGGUAGUGACCGUGGUGGUUGUGAUGAUGAUUAUGGCAUUGAUAUCAGUUACAGUGGCAGUGGUGAUGGAGGGCUCAAGAGUGCUUGUUGAUGCACGAGACAAGCUUGGCAUUCCUUGGCAGCACUCUGAAAAUGAAAAGCAUGGGAUGUUCCUGAUGGCCUUUGAGAAUAAAGCAGGGCUUCCUGUAGAACCUGCCACCUUCCAACUCUACGUGCCAGCUCUGAGCGCGCUCUGGGGGGACUCUGGGAUCCGGGAGGCUUUCAGCCGAAGGAGUGAGUUCCAACUGGGUGAAUCAGUGAAGUACUUCCUGGAUAACUUAGACCGGAUUGGCCAGCUGAAUUACUUCCCUAGUAAGCAAGAUAUCCUGCUGGCCAGGAAGGCCACCAAGGGAAUUGUGGAACACGACUUCAUUAUUAAAAAAAUCCCUUUUAAGAUGGUGGACGUGGGUGGCCAGCGGUCUCAGCGCCAGAAGUGGUUCCAGUGCUUUGAUGGGAUCACAUCGAUCCUGUUCAUGGUGUCCUCAAGUGAGUUCGACCAGGUCCUCAUGGAGGACAGGUGCACCAACCGGCUGGUAGAGUCAAUGAACAUCUUUGAGACCAUAGUCAACAACAAGCUGUUCUUCAAUGUUUCCAUCAUCCUAUUCCUCAACAAGAUGGAUCUCCUGGUGGAGAAAGUGAAGACAGUCAGCAUCAAGAAGCACUUCCCGGACUUCAAGGGCGACCCACACCGGCUGGAGGACGUCCAGCGCUACCUGGUCCAAUGUUUCGACAGAAAGAGACGAAAUCGCAGUAAACCCCUGUUCCACCACUUCACCACUGCCAUCGAUACCGAGAAUAUCCGCUUCGUGUUCCAUGCUGUGAAGGACACAAUCCUGCAAGAGAACCUGAAGGACAUCAUGCUGCAGUGAAGGAGAAGGCCCCUCAUCUUGUAGCAUCCCUGAGCAGCCCCACAGCUGCCGGCUGGGUCUCAUAGGGGGAUGUGUCCUUGUGGCCUUCUCAGACCCUUGUCAUCAGACACCUGGCCCCACAAUGCUGGACAGCAGCCAGGCCAGCAAGCAUCAGGAAAAGGACAUGGGGACUCUGAUGUUAGCUACUGAAUCUGGGGACUAGUGAAACUACUGAAAACCCAAGCGAUCACUUUGGUGUUAAUCUGUAAUCCCUGAUAACACGGCUUCCUUUCUACAGAAACCCUAGUCCUUUCCUGGCACAGUGUAAUCAAGUGUUGUGUGUGUACGCACACACUCGCUCUCUACUAACAGAAACACAGACCCAGCUGGCCUCGCAGAUGGCUUUCCUCUCUAACUUGCACGUCUUCACAGAGACAGACUAACCUGAAAGCUUUGCCUUGCAGUAUUUUGCAGAUACAUGGCAGUGCUGCUAAGCUCAUAGCCUGAGCUAGCCCUGCCGUCCUGGCUCAGGGUCCAAGUGCCACCUCCCAAAGUGAAUACAUUGCCUUUUAAGCUGUGCCAAUGUCCUAAGAGCCCCCACUCCAGGAGUGUGAGGUUGCGCCGAGGAGCUGUGUCAGGCAACCCUGCCCCUCACUGUGAAUGAUGAGGUUGGGGGCUGUGGCCCUGCCUUAAUGCCCUGGUGACAGGCCUGGCCUCAUCAGCUUGCCCAGCAACGUGGCGCAGAGUGGGAAUGGUCACCACCAUGGCUCACACAGUGGUGCUUUUUAACUCCUUGCCACUCCCUCACACAUGAUGACAAAGACACAUAAGCCAAGUAGCCUUACAGGUGGCUUCUUAUUCUGACUUACAAGUCACCUUCUGACAGGACAGUUGGCAAUAUGUAGCACCCUCUUUUGCAAACAGUAGAGAGUGUCCUCUUCCUUUCCUAGGCUUCCAAGAGCACAUGCAGAGCCUUCAGGAGCACCCCAGCUCUCCAGAGCCUAUCACAGCUGACCCCUCACAAAGCCCACAAGCCCUGGAAUCCCAGGGGUCCUUGUACUCAGCACGCCCCUCAGUCUCAUUCCUGGCGGGGCUCUCGCUUCUGUUGCUGCACACACAGAAGUGGGCUGUGGUGAGGGGAGAAGAGUAGGCACUGUAGGAGGCUGCACGGGAGGUGUGAGCCGGUACAGCAUCAGCUGUCCACUUACCUGCCAGGUGUCUCCCAGACAUUGCCACUCCAAACUGCCCCUCUGUUACUCUCCCAAAAGAGUCUGGGAGUAGAAGAGAGGCUUUUCCUAGCAUUUCAAGUGAGAGAAAUUGGCAGCAGAUGCUGCAGCUCACUAACCCAUCCAAAGGCCUGUCCCAAGGCCACGCUGCUCCUGACUGUGUCCCAUAUGCUUCUUGCUCUUGGCUCUUUUCAGCAACCAGAUAAACAGGAGUCUGUGGCUGAUGUUAGAUGAGAAGAGGAAGAGAAGCUUGCUUCUGCAUCAUCUUGUGUCAUAAGGCUUUCUUUAGAGGACAGCACAAAACCUUUCAGUGUUCAGAGGUUUAUGUUAGUGUUUGCUGGGGUUUGGGCUCUUUGGCUGAAGAGAAGUUGCUGUUUUUGUACUGCUUCCUGCACAGCUCUUCAGGUCUAGGGGCAGUCACCAGGGUUAGUGUUUAAGGAAAUGAGUAACCUUGGCAGAGCCUAUCAGGGUAGGCGUAUUUGAGCAUGGUAAAGGUGGUCUGUCUACGCAGUGAGCUGUCCUGGCCCAGUAUCUCACAUGGUGUUUCUUAGGCUUGAGACCCAGAGGAGAGCAUACCCACCUUGGGGCAUGCUCCCUGGCUGUUGGAGACCACUGUGACCUGUGCCCCAAGCCAGCCUCUGGGGAGAGCUUUCCCUCUUCCAGCCUGACAUACAGACAGUCACUUUCAAGCCCAGAAGCAUAGCAGUAGUGAGAUAUGGCGACUUCUGAUAACACAACAGGAGCAGCUGGGACAGCCAGGGGUCCAGGUCCUCUACCAGCUCAGCCUCUGGCCUCAGGUCCCACUAGCUGAGCCUCCGCAGCCUCCUCUUUCCGAUGCAGGGGGCUUAGAGCAUCCAUCUACAAGGAUGCCCACUUAGAACUGAGGUGUCAGAGUUGGAGAAGAGGCCUGAUUGAAGGCUGAGCUGAAAACAUUUGCAACUUCUCUACACAUAGAUUGUAGUUGUUUUUUGUCUCCAAAACCUUAGGCUUUUGUAUUUUUUUAAUUUUAAUUCCACUGUUACCCUUGACUAUUGUCUUUUCUAUUUUAUUGCAAAUAUUGGAGAAGCAGGAGGUACUCAUGCCUCAUCUAUUACUGCAGAAAUAUAACAAUAAACUUUCUCAAAAUAAGACUUCCUCAUAGUUAUAUGUUUAUACUAAAGAACACAGUGUAGGUCUUUACUGAUACCUAUUUUUAACUUGUUUGUAAAGAAAUCAGAUAUUUUGAGUCAGCUCCAAUUUAUAGAGCUCUAUAAUUAUGAUUUUUCCAACUUCUUUGGUAAAAGAUGAGUACAGUUAUUUUAACUCCAUGAUCAAAAAUUACAUUAAAAUAAGCUGUUUGGUUAUGAGUGACAAACUUGGAGGUCUUGGGACACAAUUCCUCAUCUGGUUUUGUAGGACAAAGGCCUUCCUUACGACGGUCAUCCAGAGCCAGCUGCCCACGGCUUUUACUUUGUACCUGUGUUAACAGUGGCCAGGAAGGUCUGGCCUGAAGAUCGGAGCAACUUCCAUCUCUGAUAUGUAUCACUCAGUAUUCAAACGAACACUAAUUUUGUAUUUUUCAGUAAAAACUCCCAUCCUAAUGUCA